GCGGAUAUACUCAGAUAUACUCAGAGGCGCGCGCUCGUUUAAUUUAUUGUUUGAGAGCAGCUACUACGUGUACCUGGGUUACAUCUGCACUUCACUUUUUUCAGUUUUUUUGUUUGCUCCCAGAAAAAAUGGACUGUGUGGAUUUUCCUAAAGUUUUUCCGAAUUCUCCGAGGAAAGCCCAGGGGCAAAUACAGGUCAUCUUUGGACCGAUGUUUUCGGGCAAAAGCACCGAAUUGAUGCGAAGGGUGCGGCGUUUCCAAAUAGCCCAGUACAGCUGCUUGCUGAUCAAAUAUGCCAAAGAUACACGUUACUCUGACUUAGGCGUGGCCACGCAUGAUAAAAACACAAUGGAGGCAGUACCUGCAAACUGUUUGCGAGAUGUGCACUCGUUGGCACUCCGAAGCAGUGUCAUUGGAAUUGAUGAAGGACAGUUUUUCCCAGACACAGUGGAGUUUUGUGAGGAGAUGGCCAAUUUGGGCAAGACCGUUAUUGUUGCUGCCUUGGAUGGGACCUUCCAGAGAAGGCCAUUUGGAAACAUCCUGAACCUUGUCCCUCUGGCGGAAAGCGUGGUGAAGCUGCACGCCGUCUGCAUGCAGUGUUACAAAGAAGCGGCCUACACCAAGAGGAUUGGAGCGGAGAAAGAGGUGGAAGUGAUCGGCGGAGCUGACAAGUACCAGGCAGUCUGUCGAAAGUGUUACGGACAUCUGAUGGUGACCAAAGAGAACCGACCUCCCCUCAGGGAUGAGACUCCUCAAAACGCACUUCAUGGAAAAGUUGUGGACUCUGGAAUUCCCAGGAAGCUUUUCUCUUCCCUCCACCUCUGAAAACUCAAACACAAGCGUCAAGUUUUGAAAUGUAACUGUUGUAUGUUUAAAGCAAAGUCUCGUUGCGUUGCACGCAGUUACAAUUGAAUGAAUUACAAUUGUGGUCAAGUCCCCUCCUAAAUGGUGACAUGGGAAAAUUAUUUGGGUUCCAUUCAUGUAAUAGUUGUGCUUUUUACUGAUUAUGUAUUUUUAUACAUUAUCAAUGUAACCAAAACAAGCACUUAAAUAUUUGCAUGUUUCAGCAGGUUUUAUUUUAAUAAGUUAUUGUGUAAAAGUAUUGAUAUUAGUGCAGUAUUUUUCAUGGUUUUUAUUUUCAACAACUUGGUUACUUUUAUCUUCCCUUUUGAACGUAUAUCUAAGGUUGCGUGUUAAUUUUGGGUAUAUUUCUGUAAAGUGUAAUCUGCCAGUUAAGGUUUUUUCUUUUUUUUUUUCCAAAAGCAACUCUGCCUUUUUGUUGGUAUAAGGGACAGUAAGAACACAUACAGAAAUUUCUUUAAGCUGGCAGUCCUUGGGGUGAAAUUGAUUUAAGCAGCAGUUUAUUAAGAGACCGGGCAUUGGUUUAAAAUGAAUGUGGGGAUAUGAUUUGACUGAAAGUGAUGUUCAUUGUUUAUGAAUUACAUAAAAUGUGACAAUACAUAUUGUGGCGACAUAUUUCUGUGCAGCUUUCACAUCACCGUGUUCCCUACAGUUCCUUUGAGGCUUUCAGAAUUGCAUGGUGGAUCGGAUCUUUAUAGCCCGUGUCCGCCAAUUUAAAGUAUCAGAAUAAAAUGUGCUUAAAUUACUCUAACUUCCAUGGCAAGCAAUUGAAUGAUUUGUGACCUGAACUGGAGAAAAUCACCUCAAAAUACACACUUCAGUGGUUAGACAGAGGGUGAAUAACUGCUCCGAUUACAAGUGACUGCAAUGAAGUAGAUGUACUGUUCAUUUUUAUUUGUGCCUUGGCCAACUAUUUACUUGAAGCCACUAGUUAGGGGUGUGUGGAGGUCUGUCUCUCUUUUCAAACACGAUUUGACAAAAACGUUCCUAUCCAAAUUCAUUCAUACAUUUUCUCGAUAUGAACUUUGUCAGCAGGGACGGGAAUCAUUCAACUGUAUAGUGUCAGUUAUCGAAGUGUUUAAAAUUUGUGAUGUAUUCUGUCUAUACACAA